AUGAUUGAGGAGGGAAGAGCGUCUGUGGCCGCCGGAGUUGGUGGUGAGGUGGUGAAUGGAUGGAUGAAUAGAGCGACAGAACGACAAGGCGAACUCAGCAAUACAUUUCGAGCGAUGGCGGCGACGCCGGAGUUGGUGCGCUGGCGCCUUUCGACGCCCUUCUACCUCAUUGUACAAAUUCUCAAAGCUAUGGAAAGUAUAUUGAGCAUUAUGAUGACGAGCCGCGUCGGCGACAAGAUUGUGAAAGCUGGGAAAUGGGACGAAGCUAAAGCGUUAUACUGGAACGACGCCAAACAGUUGGUUGGUGACCAAUUCCAGAUUCCAGGAAUUUCAGGUUCGAGCGGUGGUGGGCUCAGGAGUGCUCAAUAUACGAAUGUGGGCCACUUCGAAAGGGCUAAUCUGAUGGGAUGCUGCAAUGGUAUGGCCAAGUGCUAUAUACACGAGAAGGAUAUCGAAAGUGCCCUCGCUUGGCUGGAUGAGGUGAAUGUACUUUACUUGAACGGAUAUUAUUCCGCAGAGCAAGGUCCGUUGUAUGAUUGGUUCGACCACAACAUCGACCUGCCAGAAAUCACGUUCCAGCGCGUCACGGCGCUCACCACAGGCGCCGCCCUCCUUCACGACCUCGGAAAUACCGCAACAGCUGCCCAGAGACGGUGGAACGCAUGUGACACCAUCAAAGGCAUGCCAAAACCCCACUUCACACCCGAAGUGAAUGCCAUGAACGAUAUGAACAAAGUCGUAGACGCCAUUUCGCUGCGCCAUCCAGACCCCCAGCUCUGCGCGAAACUCAAGGUCACGGCGCCUUCCUUGCAGAUCCGUGGGUCCUGGAAGAAGCUGCAGGUCAAGGCCCCCCCAGGGAGAAUCAUGUGUCGCUUGAGAUUCGCGAGCUUCAUCUGGAAUAGCAGGUUGUACGUUGCUGGUGGCGCCAAGGAGUCUCAUGGGCCAUUCUAUCGGGAUUUCUGGUGCCUUGACCUCAUCAAGUUGGACGAGUGGCGUCAGUUACCCAACUACCCCAUCCCCAUGUCCAAGACGGGCUUGUUCGUUGGCUGGAAUAUGGUGGUGCACGAGGAACAGAAGCGUGCCUACCUUUUUACUGGCCGGCCCAGGUUGGACUAUUUCAACCUCGUCACCGAAACGUGGGGGAGUAUCACUACGACAUACAAAUCUACGGCAACCGAUAUCUCAGCUGGGGUUCAGGAUAACUGGCCCUAUCGGGGACAAGACACCUGCCAUGCGACCACCCAGCUGAUUAAUGGGAAGAUGUAUGUCUUCGGGGGUAGCCAUGGAGGGACUAAGGUUGGGUGCAACCUGUUCAUGGAGCUUGAUCUUGCUACGAAGGAGUGGCGUCGGCUCUCAGGCUAUGUUAUGCCUCCAGCGAAGGGCGACUACUCUUGUCCUGGACCUCGCGUUUCUCCGUCCAGCUGGGUGGAAAAGGGCCGCUUCUGGCUUCUCAUGGGCCAAUGCGAUCGCGAAGGUGCUCGGCUUACGGGGGAGCUUCACGGGGCCCAUAUCGGAUUUCCUUAUAGCGACAUGUGGAGCUGGGACAUUGAGGGUGAGAAGUGGAGGAGGGAACGGGUUGCGGGGAAUCCGCCAUCUUCGAGGGCCGAAAUGGCUUGCACCUAUAACCCGAAUCUCAAGAAGGUGAUCACAUUCGGCGGGUACUGUGCUAAUAUACCCACCGUCUACCCUGUGCAGAAGCGCAGGUUUGACUACUCCUACUACGCCGACACCUUCAUCCACGAGACACCAGAUUCUUUAAGCAUGUCACUCAUCAAACCCCCGUCAUCUUCUUCUUCUACCUCCGCUGGUAUUUCCGACAGACCCAUACCUCCAUCAGAGAUACCCCAGCCCAAGUGGCGACAAGUUCUUACUCGCGGGUUCCCCACCUACCGCUGCCAAGCACAACUCCACACCGACACUGCCACUGGAAAAACGUACCUCUUUGGUGGGUUCACCAACACCGACUACGUUCCUAGUCGCGGAAGUAGCCUCAACACGCGGAGCUUCGGUGAUGUGUGGCAGCUCCGCCUUGACGUUCCAGGGGGUGACUUUGAGGGAGUCGACCUGGAUGAAGAGGCACGGACUGCGAAGGCUGGUCCUUGGCAGCGAUGCUUUACAUGCGGUGAUGCUGGCAUGUGGAAGACGUGCUCUGGUACUUGUAAUGGCCGAGCCUUCUUCUGCGGUCCUGAAUGUCAUAAGGAGGGCUGGAAGGAACAUAAAGGCACGCACAAGUGUAAAAAGAACAUGAAGUGA